AUGAACCUCCAGAACCUGCCCCAGGAGCUUAUAUACAUAAUCUGUGAGAGCCUUUGUCUGCACUGUCAAAUAGACACGAAAACACCUGCCUCGUUCCUACAUAUCGAUUCACCAGGAGAGAGGGGCAUACGGAAAACCCAGUUAGAUCUUUGCUUACUCUGCAAACGCUGGGGUUAUAUAGCACGACGGGUGCUCCACCACAGCUAUGGCUUUCCUGAGAGAAGCGAUAGAGGUGAUGUCAGAUUUUGCAGGACUAUUUGCGAAAAGCCGGAGCUAGGCCGCUUUGUUAAGCGGAUCUACCUGAGGCAGAUGUUUCAACUGGACUGGGAUCUCGACAAGGAUGAUGAUGCUUGGCUGCUCAAGUCACUAGACAAAUUCUCAGACAUUCUGAACCUUCCACCGAAGCCUUUCAACUUCAGCAAAGGAGCAUGGUCAUCGUUUAUUAUACCACUCAUAUUGCUUCAGAUACCAACUGUCGAAGAUCUCCAGAUAGACACACGAAAUCUCGACCAUCUGAUGCAGCAAAUCAAGAAGCCACCCGAAAGUCAUCUGCAUACCUUUCCUCAGAAUGUCGUCAAAGUUACCAUGUCUGAAGGGCCGCACUGCCAGGAAGUCUUCCCUUUGAGGGGCCCAGUCGACCUCUCCGACACAGCUGGUGGUGGAUUGCUGUCAAAUAUUCGAGGGUUUGAUAUCCUGAUAAUUGGAAACCCAACUCGCCAAACGAUAAAGAGUCCUUUACAGCUCGACAGUGUUCGUACUCUUCAUCUGAUAGACGUGUGUCUGGUUCGGGAAGAGCUACAGCUUUUGGUGUCUGCCACGGGGCCACUUGAAGUUUUCAAGUACAUGGGAGGCUUCACACAGGAACCAAACCCAGCCACAGCUCAAGACAUAUGCGAAGUCCUCACGACCAAGAAAGACACUUUGACAGAAGCGGCAGUACUGACGCACUACAAAGCACGUUAUCUUACAGCGGCAAGAACCCUUGAAAACGUUACUUGGCUACGCAUCACAACAAAAUCCAUCUGGAAGAGAACAGAAAGCGAGCCAACGCUACAUGACCAGGCUUUAGUGGACAUAUUCCCCCCUGCACUUUCAACCAUAAUAUUCGAGGCUGAUCGUGAAGACAUGGAGGGGCUAUCUGCCGCACUCACGAAAUACAUUCUGUCCAACUGUCCCGACAACCCCGAGGAUCAAAUACUGAAAAGUGUCCAGAUCCACAUUCAUCUAGGCAUCCCCCCUGAAGGGGUACGAAAUCCGCCGGUACAGGAGGGGAAUCCUUCUUGUGAGAAAAUAAGACAUGAAUGCGCUCUUUUCCUUGAGAGGGGCUAUAUUGAAGUGAACUUUGUAUACGAUAAUUGA